UAUUUCAUGAAAUACUUACCUGACAUUACAUUUAGGAUUUCAUUUCGUCCUACCUUUUGAACUCGCUUAACCGGAAGUGUGCAUUUGUUUACAUCCAUAAUGCAUUGAAACAAAUAACUUCCUGAAGUUUUAACCAACCAGAACACACUUCCGGUAUUCCCACGUGAAAUCAGUUUUCGUUUUUUGCGCCUACCGUUUAGAUGUACUUUUUGAGCUCGUUUACUAGUUUUAUUUUUUAUUUUACGGUGGUUAUUGUUGUGUGUUGGAUUAUGGCUCAAGAAGCAGUGAAUUGCGUCUUGGAGCGCGAAGAAGGAGAGAUUUCUGAUAAUUUUUCGCCAGGCCAUGUGACCGAUAAUGGCGAGUCAUCAAUGUUUCGGGCUAAAUUGCCGCAUAAGAAACAGUCGGAUCACGGUAAAGAAAAACAGAAACGUAGAUCCAAAUAUGACAUUUUAGAGGAAAAAUUUAAUCAGAAAUUGGAAUCUAUUGAUGACAAGUUUGAUAAAUUAUUCAGUCUGUUUCAAUCUUCGAAUAUUCGGGAUACUUCGCCAUGUACCGAUGUGCAAGAAGAUGAGACUCGUAACGUAAAUUCGCAACAAGAUGUUUUAUCUUUAUGCGGGGAUAGUACUUUAGGUUCCGACACAGAUUCGGAUAGUGACAGAGAUUUUCACAGAACACGUGUUCAGAAUUCUGUUAGAAAAGUUUCGGAUUCAGAAAAUCUCAGUGAGCAUACUAAAUUGGGACUGUAUGAAAUUUUUGGUGAGGAUGCCAAAGUUUUAUCAGAGAAGGAAGAUGUUGGUAUUACCUUAGACCAGUCUCAAAAAGAUGUCUUGUAUAACAGUUACAGGUGUAGUACUCCUUUAUUUUUGACUUCAUACAAUGAAAAUGUUCUUGAUAUGUUUCCUGUUAAAAGUGACACUGAACAAUUUUUACAAGUGCCGCCAGUGGAUCCUUUGAUAGAAAGUUGUUUGAUUAAACGACAUGGUCCCAAAGCAGCAUUUUCUAGCUCUAAGAUAAGAGGUAAAGGUUUAUACUCGCAACCUUAUAAGACUAUUGAAAGACUUGCAUAUAAAGGUUCUCAUGCCGCUAGAUUAGGUAUUGUUAUUCAGCUGUAUUUACAACAAAGCCUUGGUGAUUUACUUAGUUUUGUUCAGUCUGACAGUUUUGAUAAGGAUACUGCAGAAAAGCAGAUUAAGGAUGUGUUCUCUAUGGCCACUAAGGGUUUAGACCAGCUAGGAAGAGCAGGUGCUUUUCAUCAUAUUAUAAGACGUCAUGUUGCUAUGUCUGAUACAGCUUUGUAUGAAUUACCAGAUUCACAAAAAUUCCUCAGUUUACCUUUGACAAAUGACGGUUUGUUUGGUACAGAACUUGAAAAUUUAUUAAAAUCAAGGAAAGAACAGAAAAAACAGGUGGAUGAUUUGGUACCUGAUGUUAAGAAGAGGGAGUUUCUUAAGAGGAAGCCUGUCUCUUCUACGACUGUUCAAGACACAUCAAAGCGGCCUUGUUUUUCGCAAAAUAGAUCUGUUUCCUCUGAUAAUUUUCGGAUCCCCAAGGUUCCAAGAGCUUCAACCUCAGGUUACAAUAAGCAGGGAAGUGACAGAAAAGGCAACUUCAGUAGACCUAGUGCAACUGAGUCCUUUCCACCAAGGAACUUUGGCCGAGGACGUGGUAAAACAGAUCGCAAAUGACAAGGUUCGCUGAAGAAGGCACCAUAUGAACCCCUUUGUAAAGCGUCUUUGAAGUUUUUAACAUGGAAAACGUGUUUCCUGAUAGCAGUUACAUCAUUUAGACGUUGUAGUGAUCUUCAAGCUCUUAGGUUGGGGGAAAGUUUUGUUAAUGUGCAGAAAAAAGGUAUAACUUUUAUCAGGCCAGGUUUGUCAAAGCAAGAUCGGCCAAAUCACAAGCCAACUCCUAUUUUCAUACCAAGUUUUCCGGACAACAAGAAACUAGAUCCCAAAAGAUGUUUAGCUUUUUAUUUAAAAAGAACAGAAAAGUUUAGAAAUAAGUCUGGACAGGAUAUUACUCAGUUAUUUUUAUCUUCUAAAAAGCCACAUCAACCAGUUUCAUCUCAGACAAUAUCUACAUGGAUUGUAAAAACGAUAAAACAUGCAUAUUUGAGUAGUGAGAAAAGUGUUAAAUCUAUUAAAGGUCACUCUACCAGAAGUUUGGGUCCUUCAUGGGCUCUUUUCAAAGGGGUAUCUAUGAAGGAUAUUAUGGAAUCUGCUG